AGGUCCGCUAUAGACAAAUCAGUGAGGCUUCUAACAAUUUUCAAAGUUUGUUAAUGCCUCCACAUAUUUUGAAAUGUGUUCAAAAUAAAGACACAUCUGGCAUCUCUGUUCUAGGUCAAUGUUUUGCUUUCCACAUUUAUCAAUUGUCAAUGGUGCGGUUCGCCUGUUUAUAAACCAAGAUUUAUGAGGAGAUUAUCCAGAAAGUAGCAGACGUUUCUGACUAGUGCGUCAGUUGGCACGGCUAGAUCCACUAUCUUGGUGUAUAGAGAUUCAUACGUUCAAUACGCAUCCAGCUGCGAUAGCUGGAGGCCCGCAUUUAGCUAACUUUUCUCAUUGUGACUAAUUAAAAUGUGCGCUGCGAUAGAAAAUCCCGCCACUUGUGAAGUGCGUUCAGUGAUUAGGUUUUUGUUGGCGAAAAAUUACAAACCAAUUACAAUCUUUCGCGAACUUCGUGAAGUGUAUGGGAAUGGAAUAAUGAGUGAAAGCAGAGUGAGGCAGUGGUGUAUUGAUUUUAGUAAAGGCCGCACCAAUGUACACUACGACGGCCGCAGUGGUCGGCCAAGUCUGGUUACUGAAAACUUGAUGAAGGAAGUCGAUAAAAAAAUUCGCGGAAAUCGCCGUUUCACAAUUACUGAACUUUCAGAACAUUUCCCCCAAAUUUCACGAAGUUUAGUUCAUAAAAUUGUUGUGGAGAAGCUUGGCUACCACGAUUUUUUUGUCAGCAACACAAAGAAUAGCCGAUCGGAGGAUCAAUCGGUAAAUGAUAUUCACACUAGCAAUGACAGUUCACAAUCAUUUUCAUGCGAAGAGUGUGGUAAAGUAUUCCGAUUAGAGUCGUCAUACAACCGUCACAUGGCUGCCGCCCACAAAAAGAAGUAUUCCAAAUAUCGAACGCAUGCUAAGCAACAACACUAUAAUGAUCGCGCUGGUAAACCAAGCACCGGGAUAUGUACAAUCUCUACCGCUGUGAAACAACAGUACCAAAGUAUGAUUGAGGUCAAAACUGAGAUUUCAGAUGAACUUGAGCAAUCCUGUAUGGAUGAAGAUGCUGUCAGCGAAAUGAACGAAGUAUCAGGACCAAUAGAAGAUGUUAUGCCCAGUCUAGAAGAGAGCGGACUUCAAUCGAACGAUGAGAAUUUGGAUUUUCCCGAAUGGAACCAACACCGUCUUUCAAUUGAUGAUGUUUCGACCACACCCGCUGUGAAACAAGAGAAUUAUAUUUGUGACCAUAGUAUGAUUGACAUCAAAACUGAGAUCUCAGAUGAACCUGAACAAUUCGGUAUGGACGAAAUCGCUGAGAACGACAUGAUUGAACCAUCAGGACCAAUAGAUCAUUGCGAAUAUCAAUCGAACGAUGUAAAAUUAGAAUUUCCUGAAUCUAAUUCAUCUAUUCUGGAAUGUAAUAGUGAAAAAUUUACCGACGGAGAGUGUUAUAUUAAAUGCGAAUUCGAGUGACAACUGCUCAGCUACAGGAAAACUAAACCGGAGAGAAGACGAUCUACUACAAUUCGGAUUAGGAGAAAAUUGGUGUGAGUAUUGAAAGGCUUAUAAUAAAACGUUGGGGACAGCUUUUCUUCAAUAAGGAAGGAAGCCGUUAAGAGGCAUCAGCUGCACGACGUAGCGAAGAGCUCCCUUCCUCGUGUGUCCGUUGGUACAGCAGCGUCUUCUACGAAUCAGGUGUUUAUAUCAAAGUACCAAUAAAAUGUGCAGUGUAUAAAAAUUAGUUUUUAAAAAAAUCUGAGAAUGGAUGUCAUUUUUUCUGAUUGGUCCAAUCUGUGCUCCGGAAAAGCUGUGCCGACCAAAGAGAGCAAUUU